UCGGGAACCGCCGCCGGGGACGAUGAGCAAGCUCUCGCAGUGGGCGGAGGAGGACGACGCGGACGAAGACGAGAACAUCUUAUGGGACGACUCGACGGAGCGUAAGCUGGCCGAGAACCAUGGCGGCUUCCACCUCCGGCGCAAGAGCCAAACCGACAUGGCGACGACCUCCAAGAAGCAACCACCGCCCGCGCCGACGCACUUGGAGGACCCGCCGCUCAAGAUCACGCUCGCAUCGAAUAGCGCGCAGGUCGUCAAGAAGAUGGGGCGAAAGACGAACAAGUUUGGCCUUGGGUCGCCGUCGGCGCCCACAACGAAGCUCAAGCUUCAGUACCGCACCAACGUGCCACUCCAUGGCAACCCAAAGCGCGGGGCCAAACCAGUCCCAUCAACCGUCGCAACGUCCGCAUCGAUGGCCUCUUCGGGUCUCAGUGCGAGCUCGGCCUCGAGCACGGGCUCGAUCGGCACGUCGAUGGCCCAGCUGCUCAAGGCCGCAGAGAAUCCCGAGCAAGUCCGCCGCUUCCUCCUCGCCGAGGUCAAGCAGAUGACCAUUGAGCGGCUCGUAUCCGAUGCAAAACGGUUUGCGUACCUCGAGACCGUCCACGCAAAGACGAGCCCGUCAGGAUAGAGCUAGACCCAUCACAUCAAUACGAAUCUACUAUGUAUAACACGAAUUCGCGGUGGCUAUG